AUGUCUGAUACCGAACAAGACCAGGCUCCUAUCUCUCCUGUCGAUGAUGCCCCAGUUGAGGAUGCUCCUAUCAGCAAGCUUUUUGUGAGACCCAUUGGUUUUGAAACUCCCCAAGAGGCUAUUGAGAGCCACUUCUCUGCCAUUGGUCCCCUUGUCGAAGUUCAAAUUAUGAGAGGCUACGCUUUCGUGACUUACGAGAGUUCUGACGAUGCCAACAAGGCUAUCGACUCUUUGGCUGGUAGUGACUUGGACGGCCAGGCCCUCCAGAUCGAGUUGGCCAAGGGUCGCAAGGAGGAGACUCGUAACAGAAACCGUGUUAAGAUUUCUGGUGUCCCUGAAAACACCGCUUGGCAAGAUUUCAAGGACUACGUUCGUGACAGGGGUAUGGAACCAUCUUUCGUCAAGGUUUUCCGCGACUACGACUCUGGUGAGACCAUCGCUGCUCUUGAGUUUGAGGAUGGUGAGGCCCUUUCCUCUGCCAUUGAGAACUUGAAUGAUGCUGACUACCAGGGAGCCCCUUUGCGUGCUGAACACGACACCAGCCCUUAUGUUCCUCGUAAAAGAGGAAGAGGCGGUUUCAGAGGUGACUUCCGUGGUGGCCGUGGUGGAUUCCGUGGUGACUUCAGAGGCGGUCGUGGUGGCCGUGGUGGCUUCAGAGAUGACUUUAGAGGUGGCAGAGGCCGUGGCGGUUUCAGAGGUGGCAGAGGUGGCUUCAGAGGUGACCGUGAUGGUGGCUACAAUCGCGAGGGCGGCUUCAGAGGUGGUAGAGGAGGCUACAACCGUGGUGGUGACGGUGGAUUCGAGAGAGACUCCUACAACCGUGACCGCUCUCCUACCCGCUACUAA